CACACACAAAGAUAUCUCGUUUAUAACACGCCACGCGGACGGAGUCGCGGGCAAUAGCGUAUUUUAUAAUCUGACGUGAGCAUAGACGAUGCGAUGGUCGCAGCUAAGUGCUUCACCUAAGUUCAUUAGUACCUAUUUUUACUUGUUUCUCCCACAGGCGCUGGCGGAGUGGACUAAAGUUUUCCCUCUACAAGUGACUGAAACUUAUACGAGUUCUGUCACUUUUAUAAAACAACUAACCACCGUCGCCGUGAGUACCAUAACGUACUUGAAGAAUGCGUUUCCCGAAGAAAACUACACCAUCGAUCAGUUCGGGGGGCUUAAAAUUAGGGUUUUAAAGAACAAAUGCGAAGAUGAGCUAGCUCAGUUCCUCAUCACGGCACUGACGCAAGCCUUCGAGGCGUUCGACAAAAAAUAUCUGCACCAGAUCGCGCUGUGCUUCUACGCGGACAGCUGCGCGCUGGAGAACCUGCUGGAGUGCCACGUGUUCGAGUACGAGUACGGCGCGGCCGGCGCGGCGCUGCGCCUGCGCUCCAGCGGCGCCGGCCCCGCCCCCGCCGCCCCCGGCCCCGCCCCCGCCGGCCUCGACGAAGUGCGCGACCGCACGCUGCAGCUCAUCAGGGCGUGCAUGGUGAUGUUGUCGCACACGCAACUGCCGGAGACGUACGACGUCAGCCUGCGCCUGUACUACAAUGAUGCGGCGCCGGCGGGCUACCAGGCGCCGGGCUUCGUGCCGGCGGGCGGCGCCGACCCCUCGCCGGGCGGCGCCGUGCGGCUGGGCUCGGUGCUCACGCCCUACCACCGGCUCACGCUGCGCGCCUACUGCCGCCAGCCCGACGACGCGCCGGACAGCGGAGCUGACAGCAGGGAGGCCAUCGCCUCACAAAAUCCACCGAUAAUAACACAAGCGCCGGAUGAUUGUCACGAGCGCGCGGAGGAGGCGGGCCGCAUCGAGUGCCCGUGCCGCCUGCGGGACGAGGACCCUAGCACGGCGCUGCUCACGUGUCGGUUUUGCGGCACCCGCCAGCACGCGGCCUGCUACGGCGUGCUGCGGGCGGCGGGGGCGGGGGCGUGCUACGCGGUGUUCCGUCGCGCGCUGGCGUGGCUGCACGGGCGGCGCCAGCCCGCCUCGGGCCGCGAGCUGGCCGCCCGCCUGCGGCUGGCGCCCGCCAGCGCGCGCAAGCUGCUGGCCGUGCUGCGCUCGCAGCGCGUGCUGCCCGCCGACCCGCCGCACGACCUCGACACACCCAUCGAAAUCAGCACGGAACACCUGAUGUCGGUGAUAAAGAUAUACUUCCGCUGGAGCGAGGAGGACGACAUUCUGGAGCGACUGGUGGAGGAGUCUAUCGCGUCACAAGAGGCCGUCAGUCAGCACGACCCCAUCGGGGACGUGCUCAGUCCGCUAGAGAAAGUAUCCUUGCAACACACGUCACAACUCGGUCGGGUUAUACCGGCCGAGGUGAACAACAACGUCGUGGACGACGAGACGUUGCAGCAGUACCGCGCCGCCAUGGAGCUGGCGGACGCCGCGCAGCGCCCGCCCGCCCGCAGGCGCCGGCCCGGGGACGCCGGCGUCAGGACCAAGAGGGUUAAAACCGCUCGCAAAUAAUCGACUAUAUGAUUGGCGAACACUGUACAACUAGAAACGACGUAUACCUACUUACUGUUAAAUAUAAUUGUAUAUUGCAAUGUCUAAACCUAUCUAAGUCACUUAUACUUACUACAUAAGUGACUGCAAUAGAUUUUGGUAAUUCUGUAAAUAGUGGUGCACGUUGUAUGUAACCUGAGGCAUGAACGGUUUUAGACUCUGCUUUAUCGGCAAAUUAGUUACAUUUAUAGUUGUUAGAAUAUUAUACUAGACUACCUGUCCUUCACAGUUCGGCAACACAAGAGUGAUACGCCUCGCCCCGUUCGCUAGCAUUUGCAUAAAAUAACAUUUAAAUUCCAUUGUUUUAGUUCCGCUAAUUCAGCUGUCGAUUGCGUGAAU